UCCAGGUUUUUGGCUCAUUCUCCCAGACUCAGGUGAGAUCCUGAUGGCUACCCCGCAGGCAGGUGCUGACACACUCCCCCAGUCCUGACGCUGACGACAUCACCAACUUCAGUCUCUAAAUGCCACAGUGCCCUUGGGGCCACUUGGGCUGGGGACCACUGUUGCCUUUUAAGACCAUAAAACCAUGGGAAACGCAGAAAGCCAAAAUGUAGAGCAUGAGUUUUAUGGGGCGAAGCAUGCCAGCCUGGGGCGCAAGCACACUUCGCGCUCCCUGCGCUUGUCGCACAAGACGCGGCGGCUGCGCCACGCCUCCUCUGGGAAGGUGAUCCACAGGGACUCCGAAGUGAGCACGCGGUCCAGCAGCACCCCCAGCAUCCCCCAGUCCCUGGCCGAAAAUGGCCUGGAGCCCUUCUCCCAGGAAGGCACCCUAGAGGACUUCGGGAGUCCCAUUUGGGUGGACCGGGUAGAUAUGGGUUUGAGACCCGUGUCCUAUACGGAUUCCUCCGUCACUCCCAGCGCAGACAGCAGCAUCGUCCUCACUGCAGCCUCUGUGCAGAGCAUGCCAGACUCGGAGGAGUGCAGGCUUUACGGGGAUGACGCUACCUAUUUGGCAGAGGGAGGCAGGAGGCAGCCUCUCUCUACAUCCAACGGGCCCACCUUCAUGGAGACCGCGAGCUUUAAGAAGAAACGCUCCAAAUCUGCAGACAUCUGGCGGGAGGACAGCCUGGAAUUCUCACUCUCCGAUCUGAGCCAAGAACAUUUAACCAGCAACGAAGAAAUCUUGGGUUCCGCGGAAGAGAAGGACUGUGAGGAAGCUCGGGGGAUGCAAACACAGGCGAGUCCGCGGCAGCUCAGCACCUGUCAGCGGGCCAACUCCCUGGGUGACUUGUAUGCUCAGAAAAACUCUGAGACGGCUGCAAACGGAGGACCAAGGAACAAAUUUGCAGGCUACUGUCGGAAUUUGGUGUCUGAUAUUCCUGAUCUUGCAAACCAUAAAAUGCCACCAGCUGCUGCCGACGAAAAUCCUUCAUACAGUAAUUAUAACACACUUCCCUGUAGGAAAUCUCACUGUCUUUCCGAAGGUGCCACCAACCCACAAAUUAGCCUUAGCAACAGCAUGCAAGGCAGAAGAGCAAAAACAACUCAGGAUGUUAAUGCAGGCGAGGGCAGCGAGUUUGCAGACAGUGGGAUUGAAGGGGCCACCACCGACACGGACCUCCUGUCCAGGCGAUCCAAUGCCACCAACUCCAGCUACUCACCCCCCACCAGCCGGGCCUUUGUGGGCAGCGACAGUGGCAGCAGCUCCACCGGGGAUGCGGCUCGCCAGGGGGUGUACGAGAACUUCAGGCGGGAGCUGGAGAUGAGCACCACCAACAGCGAGAGCCUGGAGGAGGCGGGCUCCGCGCACAGCGACGAGCACAGCAGUGGCACCCUGAGCUCGCCGGGCCAGUCGGACAUCCUGCUGACCGCCGCGCAGGGCACCGUGCGCAAGGCGGGCGCGCUGGCGGUCAAGAACUUCCUGGUGCACAAGAAGAACAAGAAGGUGGAGUCGGCCACCCGCCGGAAGUGGAAGCAGUACUGGGUGUCCCUGAAAGGAUGCACGCUCUUCUUCUACGAAAGUGAUGGCAGGUGUGGAAUAGACCACAACAGCACCCCCAAGCACGCUGUCUGGGUGGAGAACAGUAUUGUGCAGGCUGUGCCUGAGCACCCCAAGAAGGACUUUGUCUUCUGCCUCAGCAAUUCCUUGGGUGACGCCUUCCUCUUUCAGACCACCAGCCAGACAGAGCUGGAAAACUGGAUCACCGCCAUCCAUUCUGCCUGUGCAGCUGCUGUUGCAAGACACCACCACAAAGAAGACACACUCCGGCUCCUCAAGUCAGAAAUCAAAAAGCUGGAACAGAAGAUCGACAUGGAUGAAAAGAUGAAGAAAAUGGGUGAAAUGCAGCUGUCUUCAGUCACUGACUCAAAGAAGAAGAAAACUAUAUUAGAUCAGAUCUUUGUUUGGGAGCAAAAUCUUGAACAGUUCCAAAUGGACCUGUUCCGUUUCCGCUGUUACUUAGCCAGCCUCCAAGGUGGAGAGCUGCCAAACCCCAAAAGGCUACUUGCUUUUGCAAGCCGACCAACAAAAGUGGCAAUGGGCCGCCUUGGAAUCUUCUCUGUGUCAUCUUUUCAUGCCCUGGUGGCAGCACGCACUGGCGAAACUGGAGUGAGAAGACGUACUCAGGCCAUGUCCAGAUCCACAAGCAAGCGAAGGAGCAGGUUUUCUUCACUUUGGGGUCUGGACACUACCUCCAAAAAGAAGCAGGGACGUCCAAGCAUCAAUCAGGUGUUUGGAGAAGGAACUGACGCUGUAAAGAAAUCUCUAGAGGGCAUAUUUGAUGACAUUGUUCCAGAUGGCAAGAGGGAGAAAGAAGUGGUCUUACCUAGUGUCCACCAGCAUAAUCCUGAUUGUGACAUUUGGGUCCACGAGUAUUUCACGCCAUCCUGGUUCUGUCUGCCCAAUAAUCAGCCAGCCCUGAUAGUCGUCCGACCAGGGGACACUGCACGGGACACCCUGGAGCUGAUUUGCAAGACACAUCAACUGGAUUAUUCUGCUCAUUACCUACGUCUGAAAUUUCUAAUAGAAAACAAAAUGCAGUUCUACGUUCCACAGCCUGAAGAGGACAUUUAUGAGCUGCUGUAUAAAGAAAUUGAGAUUUGUCCCAAAGUCACUCAGAACAUCCUCAUUGAGAAAUCAGAUACAGCUGCUGAUAAUUACGGGUUUUCUCUUUCUUCUGUGGAAGAAGAUGGUGUUCGAAGGCUCUAUGUGAACAAUGUGAAGGAAAUUGGCUUAGCUUCCAAGACAGGCUUGAAGGCGGGUGCUGAAAUUCUUGAGAUCAAUAAUCGAGCUGCUGGCACCCUGAGCUCCUCUGUGCUCAAAGACUUCCUCUCACAGCCCUCCCUGGGCCUCCUGGUGAGGACCCACCCAGAGCCGGAGGGAGGAGUGGAGCUGCUGGAGAGCCCACCCCACCGAGUGGACGGCCCUGUGGACCUCGGCGAGAGCCCCCUUGUCUUUCUCACCAGCAACCCAGGGCACAGUCUCUGCAGCGACCAGGGCAGUAGUGCUGAGACCGCUCCAGAAGAGACUGAGGGGCCAGACUUGGAGUCCUCCGAUGAGACAGAUCACAGCAGCAAGAGCACAGAGCAGGUGGCUGCAUUUUGCCGAAGUUUGCACGAGAUGAACCCUUCAGAUAUGAGCCCAUCUCCUCAGGACGCCACAGGGCCUCAGCUGGCCACCAUGAGACAGCUGUCGGACGCUGAUAAGCUGCGCAAGGUCAUCUGUGAGCUGCUGGAGACAGAGCGCACCUAUGUGAAAGACUUAAACUGUCUCAUGGAGAGAUACCUGAAACCUCUUCAAAAGGAGACUUUUCUCACCCAAGAUGAGCUUGAUGUGCUCUUUGGAAAUUUAACCGAAAUGGUAGAGUUUCAAGUAGAAUUCCUUAAAACUCUAGAAGAUGGAGUGAGACUGGUUCCUGACUUGGAAAAGCUUGAGAAAGUCGACCAAUUUAAGAAAGUGCUCUUCUCUCUGGGAGGAUCCUUUCUGUACUAUGCCGACCGCUUCAAGCUCUACAGUGCCUUCUGCGCCAGCCACACAAAGGUCCCCAAGGUCCUGGUGAAGGCCAAGACUGACACAGCCUUCAAGGCAUUCUUGGACGCCCAGAAUCCGCGGCAGCAGCACUCAUUCACUCUGGAGUCUUACCUCAUCAAGCCUAUCCAGAGGGUCCUCAAGUAUCCACUUCUGCUCAAGGAGCUGUUUGCCCUGACCGAUGCAGAGAGCGAGGAGCACUACCACCUGGAUGUGGCCAUCAAGACAAUGAACAAGGUUGCCAGUCAUAUCAACGAGAUGCAGAAAAUUCACGAAGAAUUUGGGGCUGUCUUUGACCAGCUGAUUGCUGAGCAGACCGGUGAGAAGAAAGAGGUGGCAGAUCUGAGCAUGGGGGAUCUGCUUUUGCACACCAAUGUCAUCUGGCUAAACCCGCCGGCCUCACUGGGAAAGUGGAAGAAAGAGCCAGAGUUGGCAGCCUUCGUCUUCAAAACUGCUGUGGUCCUUGUAUAUAAAGAUGGUUCCAAACAGAAGAAGAAACUUGUAGGGUCCCACAGGCUUUCCAUCUACGAGGAGUGGGACCCCUUCCGGUUUCGACACAUGAUCCCUACUGAGGCUCUGCAGGUUCGAGCUUUGGCGAGUGCAGAUGCAGAGGCAAAUGCCGUGUGUGAAAUUGUCCAUGUGAAAUCAGAGUCAGAAGGCAGGCCGGAGAGGGUCUUCCACCUGUGCUGCAGCUCUCCAGAAAGCCGGAAGGAUUUCCUGAAGGCUGUGCACUCCAUCUUGCGAGAUAAGCACAGAAGACAGCUCCUUAAGACUGAAAGCCUUCCCUCAUCUCAGCAAUAUGUCCCUUUUGGAGGCAAGAGAUUAUGUGCUCUGAAAGGCGCCAGGCCAGCCAUGAGCAGGGCAGUGUCCGCCCCAAGCAAGUCCCUUGGGAGGAGGAGGCGGCGACUGGCUCGCAACAGGUUUACCAUUGAUUCCGAUGCGAUCUCUGCCAGCAGCCCGGAGAAAGAGCCCCAGCAGCCCCCCGGUGGCGGGGACACUGACCGAUGGGUAGAGGAACAGUUUGAUCUUGCUCAGUAUGAGGAGCAAGAUGACAUCAAGGAGACAGACAUCCUCAGUGACGAUGAGGAGUUCUGUGAGUCGGCGAAGGACGCCUCGGUGCCUGCAGACCUGCAGGAGCGGCUUCAGGCUGCCUCCAUCAGUCCACGCGACAGAGGCCGGAGGGGCCUGGACAGCCACGCGUCCCGCAUGGGGCAGCUCAAGAAGCAGGCCGCCCUGUCGGGCAUCAAUGGGCGUCUGGAGAGUGCAAGUGAGGAAGUCAUUUGGGUUAGGCGGGAAGACUUUGCUCCCUCCAGGAAACUGAACACUGAGAUUUGACUGUGCGGUGUCCCCUUCCUUAGAGAAUGUGUGUAGAUACCACGUCCUGCCCCCACUGUGCCGUCUGUCCCCUAGGUCGCACUCUUGCACACUCGGAUCUGGCAGCUGACUUGGGUCUAAAGCCAUGUAGCCACCCAUCUUCAUCUUUCUUAACAACGACAUCAGAAAGAAUUGUUGGGAUUCAAAAUAAGCUCCAGUCCUACCUUCUGUAUAUUACCAAGGGCUUCUAUUUAUUCUCAAUUAAUCAGGGCCUGAAGAAUUAGAAAAAAAAAGAAUCUUUAGCACUGGAAAGCAAAAAUCACCCCCAGCAGUUUUGAAGUAUGGCACACACCAAAAGAUAACACAGCUCAUCCUACCUGAAACCUAUCUCCCUGCUGGGGAAACCACUUCCAGACGCAAAAGGAAACAGAACAAAACAUCUGCUUGCAACGUCCAGACUCCUUUCCCUCUUCAGUGUCUGAGAAUAUCUGUGUAUCUUAAGAAUGUGUGAGGAAAGGGUGGUCGUUUAGGUCUUGAUGAGCCUUUUAUUUUUUUCUUCUGUUUUGGUCUAUGGCUGCUCUGUGUUGGUGUUUGGAAGCUCUAGUUUUGCAUAGAAUUAUAAAAGCCAAACUCUUGGGAAAGAGAUCCAAAUUUAUCACUUGAGAGAGAGAGAAAACAAAAACACUAUUUUUUGUAUUUUACCUGCAGGGGUACAAAUAGAUGAGAAUUUUACAGUGUUGGUGUAACUCUGAGUGUAAAAACGAGGCUAUAUCCUUUUACAGAAAUAGCGAGGCAUGGCGCCUUUAUAUUUGUAUAUGAAAGGCCAACAAGAAGCAAAAUAAACUUUUUUUUUCCAAGAAGAUUUUUUUUAAUGUUUGAAUCUAUAUUUGAGAUGGGAAUUUGGUUGGAGUACACUUGACAGGGAAUAAAUAGACAGUGUGUGUGUGUGUGUCUGUUGCACAUGGCGGGGGAACUGGGAGCCGCCUCCUUGAGGGGUUGCCAUGGUGACCAUUGGUUUUCCCAUCCAAAUUACAUUUUCAUCCAUAGAUUUCCUGUUCCUUCCCUGGCAGUCCAUAACCAAACCUCUGAACCAAACAACCUCUUCAAAAACAUUUCUUGUGUUUAACACUGUCUUCAUACCAACAAAACAGGGUAAACAUACUAAUAAACCUAGCAUUCUAAACAGAUAUCCAAAUAGGAAGAACAAAAACAAGUUAUAGCACUUUCAGUUUUUUUAUCUAAAAAGGUUUAUAGCUUUUUCUUUUCCCCAUUUCACAAUGUCCAUUUCCUAAGAAGAGUUUAAAUAAUAUGAAAACUUUCUUUUUUUGGGGGGGGGGAAUAUCUAUUUGGUGUUUGACACAUCAGUAGGUACUUUACAGACUGAAUUUUAUAGUAGCUUUAGGAAUUAUAUUUUAUAAGACUCAGUUAUGACUUUAUAUUUCCAGACAAUAGAGUUCAGAACGUCAUGCUCUUGUGCCCCUGCUUGCUUUUCCUGCUCUCCUGUCCUCUAUUCCUCUCCUUUCGGGUUUCCAGGGCUUUGAGCUUGAUUUUUGAAAGUUUUCUUCUAUUAAAUUUUUGCUAUAUCUUCUGGUUUUCUUAAAAAAAAAAAACAAAAAAGCUUUAGAAUGGUUUCUAUACCCUUUGUAUCAUGCAUUGUUUCAUCUCAAGCUCGAUUGUGUCCGGAUGGAAAAACUGAAGCAGAGGUGUCGAACAGUUGUAUUUACUGGUCUCCCUGCAACACGUCCGUUGAAAAUACUGGAAAGUCUGGUGCUUAGAGAGGGUGCCAUUGUCUCUUGUACAUAAGGUCAUGAUGUGUCUAUGUCAAAAGUUCUUAUAUAUUUCUUUUAUAAGCUGAAAGAAGGUCUAUUUUUAUGUUUUUAGGUCUAUGAAUGGAACGUUGUAAAUGCCUGUCAAACAAUAAAAAUAUUGAAAAGU